AUGACUCUGUCUCCUCCCGCUAAACCAGGCUCUGGUGGUAGAGCUUGGGUCACUCUCAUCACCAAUCCUUCCUAUGUCGCUGGUCUCCUCGCGCUUCAUCGAACAAUCUCUUCACUAUCCGACUACCCACUUUUGGCCAUGACAACCCCUUCACUCCCCGAAUCAUACCAAACCUUUUUGAAGUCCUACGGCUUCAAACUCAUCCCCGUCUCUCAUCUCUCUCCCUCCACAUCACAACACGCGGGGUUUGACCCGGAUAUGGUGAGAUUAAACGAUGCAUGGACAAAGUUGCAGGUGUUUGGGCUGGUGGAAUAUGACAAGGUGAUCUUGAUCGAUGCGGACAUGAUCUUUUUGAAGGAUAUGGACGAGCUGUUCGAUCUGGAGUUGCCGGGGAGAGAUUGGAUCGGAGCAGCACCGGCUUGUGUCUGUAACCCUCUCAAUCUCGAGCACUACCCGAAAGACUGGAUUCCCGAAAACUGCAGUCUCUCGCAUCAACAAUCUCCGACCCCUCUCCUCUCUCCCGAAAUACCGUCCCUCGACGCACCCCGUACCGCCCACCUCCUCAACUCUGGCCUCGUCAUCCUCUACCCUUCCACCACCCUCCUCGAUUCUCUCGUCUCCUUCCUCGAGACAUCACCCACCGUCGCCCAAGCUCUCUUUGCGGACCAAGACGUCAUUGCCGAGGCGUUCAAGGGCCGAUGGAGGCCGUUGCCUUGGUGGUGCAAUGCGCUCAAGACGUUACGGGGAGCGCACAAGGCAUUGUGGAAAGACGAGCAAGUCGCGAAUAUACAUUACAUUAUUGACAAGCCAUGGGCGGCACGCCCCGCAUCCCUCCCUCCCCAUCGCCCCUCUUCCACCAUGCCUUCGCCCUAUCUGCCCCCUUCCCCCUCCUCGGUCGAGUCUACGCAUGAAUCUCUGCCCUCCCACGCUUACCUCAAAUCGGCACUCACCAAGCGCCGCACACUACCGCCCGCCUUGCUCGAGAUAGUGCGCAAUACACCCGAGCAAGAGAGCUUGACGGAUUAUGUAGAGGUACACAAGUGGUGGUGGGUGGUCUAUGAAGAUGUACUGGAGGAGAUGAAGACCAAGGGGGUCGAGUGGAAGAUGGUUGAUCGAUGGGUCAAGCGGUAG